UCCGAAGGGGUGCUUGCCUAAGCCCUGAACCCGAAGAUUUUAUGUGUGAUUGAGGUGGUCAGGUCAAUACUGAUUGGAGAUACUGUCCUCACCGGACUUGCCCAGAAAGACUGCAAAGAGGAGCCAAAAAUUCCUCCUUAAACUGAGAGUUCUCUGGGAAGCACUUGAGAUUUCAUUUGACUGGUUUAUACCUAUGAGAAGCUCCCCAAGCCGGAGAUCUUCCACCCUGAACCUGGGCAGCUGUCAGCACAGUGCUCCUGGGAUCACAGUUUAUUGAAAAAAGGAUUCAAAAAGUUUCAGACGACUGGAAAAAGAAUGCUCCGAGGCCGAUCUCUAUCUGUGACAUCCCUGAGUGGGCUUCCUCAGUGGGAAGUUGAAGAACUUCCUGUGGAGGAUUUGCUGCUUUUUGAAGUCGCUUGGGAAGUAACCAAUAAAGUUGGUGGCAUCUAUACUGUGAUUCAGACAAAGGCCAAAACCACAGCAGACGAAUGGGGAGACAAUUAUUUUCUGAUUGGCCCAUAUUUUGAGCAUAAUAUGAAGACUCAGGUGGAACAGUGUGAACCUCUAAAUGAUGCUGUUAGAAGGGCAGUGGACACAAUGAAUAAACAUGGCUGCCAGGUGCACUUUGGAAGAUGGUUGAUAGAAGGAAGUCCUUACGUGGUGCUCUUUGACAUAGGCUAUUCUGCUUGGAACCUGGACAGGUGGAAGGGUGACCUCUGGGAAGCAUGCAGUGUCGGCAUACCUUACCAUGACCGAGAAGCCAACGAUAUGCUAAUAUUCGGAUCUUUAACUGCCUGGUUCUUAAAAGAGGUGACAGAUCAUGCAGAUGGGAAACAUGUCAUUGCCCAAUUCCAUGAAUGGCAGGCGGGAACUGGACUGAUCCUUUCUCGAGCUCGGAAACUUCCCAUCGCUACAAUAUUUACCACUCACGCCACACUGCUUGGGAGGUAUCUCUGCGCAGCAAACAUUGAUUUCUACAACCAUCUCGAUAAGUUUAACAUAGACAAAGAGGCUGGGGAAAGGCAGAUUUACCACCGGUAUUGCAUGGAGCGGGCCUCUGUCCAUUGUGCUCAUGUGUUCACCACAGUAUCUGAAAUAACAGCAAUAGAAGCAGAACAUAUGCUGAAGAGGAAGCCUGAUGUGGUUACUCCAAAUGGCUUGAAUGUUAAGAAAUUUUCAGCGGUACAUGAGUUUCAAAAUCUACAUGCCAUGUACAAGGCCAGGAUCCAAGAUUUUGUUCGAGGUCAUUUCUAUGGUCAUCUGGACUUUGACCUUGAAAAGACUUUGUUCCUUUUUAUUGCUGGGAGAUACGAGUUUUCAAACAAAGGAGCUGACAUCUUCCUAGAAGCCUUAUCCAGGCUAAAUUUUCUGCUGAGGAUGCAUAAAAGUGACGUUACAGUGGUGGUGUUUUUCAUCAUGCCUGCCAAGACAAAUAAUUUCAAUGUGGAAACGCUGAAAGGCCAGGCAGUGCGGAAACAGCUAUGGGACAUUGCACAUUCUGUGAAGGAAAAAUUUGGGAAGAAACUCUAUGAUGCAUUGUUAAGAGGAGAAAUUCCUGACAUGGACAAUAUUUUGGAUCGAGAUGAUGUAACAAUUAUGAAAAGAGCCAUCUUUUCAACCCAGCGACAGUCUUUGCCUCCAGUGACCACUCACAAUAUGAUUGAUGACUCCACUGAUCCCAUCCUCAGCACCAUUAGACGGAUCGGACUUUUCAACAGCCGCACAGACAGAGUCAAGGUAAUUUUGCACCCAGAGUUUCUAUCCUCCACCAGCCCCUUAUUACCCAUGGAUUAUGAAGAGUUUGUCCGAGGUUGUCAUCUUGGAGUAUUUCCAUCAUACUAUGAACCGUGGGGUUAUACUCCAGCUGAAUGCACUGUGAUGGGUAUCCCCAGUGUGACAACCAACCUUUCUGGCUUUGGCUGUUUCAUGCAGGAGCACGUGGCUGAUCCUACUGCUUACGGUAUUUACAUUGUUGACAGGAGAUUCCGCUCUCUGGAUGAUUCCUGCAAUCAGCUGACUCAGUUUCUCUAUGGAUUUUGCAAACAGUCACGCCGCCAAAGAAUUAUUCAGAGAAACCGAACUGAGAGGCUCUCCGAUCUUCUGGAUUGGAGAUACUUGGGCAGAUAUUAUCAGCAUGCCAGGUACCUGACCUUAAGUAGAGCUUUUCCAGAUAAAUUCCAUAUGGAGCCUACAUCACCACCAACGACUGAAGGAUUUAAAUACCCCAGGCCUUCCUCAGUUCCACCUUCCCCUUCAGGGUCUCAGGUCUCUAGUCCUCAAAGCAGUGAUGUGGAAGAUGAAGAAGAGGAUGAGCGAUACAAUGAGGAAGAGGAAGCUGAAAGGGAUCGGUUAAAUAUCAAGUCGCCAUUUUCUCUGGGCCGUGUUCCUCGUGGGAAGAAAAAGCUGCAUGGUGAAUACAAGAACUGAAUUCCAC